UCCAACUAUAGUAUGGGCACACGGGCCUUUUCCCAUGACAGUAUUUUUAUACCUGAUGGGCGAGAAGAGACUGAAGAGUCCAUUCAAGCAAUGUCCCAAGACAACAUCCUAGGCAAAGUCAAAACUCUUCAGCAACAGUUGGCCAAGAAUAUUAAAUUUGGCCAACCCCCACAAAUGACAGUUUCUGUGAAGGCAAUUGGGGAAGCCAGUACUAGCUUGGAAGCAGAUGUGCUAUUGAGUAGCCCAAUGGAAACAGAGACACAGCAGGAUGUGGUCCUUCCAGAAAGCCAUAAUAAAGUAGGUAGUAUGCCAGAUUCAUUACUUCCUGAAAGUGUGCACAGAACAAGGCAUGGAGGAGAAGAGAAGGUUACUCCAGUGAAGUCAUCGUCUCGGCCAAAACGACAUCAUUCACCCUCCGGCACAAUUGAAACAGUCAAUCUUGAUGCAAUCCCCCUGGCCAUUGCUCGUCUGGACAACAGCGCAGCAAAGCACAAACUCUCUGUCAAGCCAAAGAAUCAGAGGGUUUCUAAAAAGCACAAGAAAUUAUCAAAGGAGCUACAAAGUGUAUCAGUGAUUGAAUUUGAACCAGAAGUCCUAGAACCAAUAAGGUGUGAAGAUAAAGUCUCAAAACAAGAUGGCCAUCAUGCAGACAAGCCAAUCCAGGAUAGAGAAAACUAUGAACAAGAUGCGAAAGGCAAAAGAAAGCAAGAAAAUAAUUGGGUGAACCUUGAGACUGAGAAAAAAUUACAAAUGGCUGAAGCAGAAGUAAAAAGCCAUAUGGAAAACAAAAGACUUCAAGAAUUUGAGGAAGAUCAAAGACAAAUAGAAGGGAAAAAGCAGAAGCUUCAGGAAGAAGAGCAGUGUUUAAAAAUGGAAGACAAAAAGGGUCAAGAAGAGAAGAAAGCUCAUGAAGAGCAAAGACCUCAAGAACUUCAGCUGCAGUGGCACCAAGGACAGGAAGAACAAAGAAAGAAGGAAAAAAGAUCUCAGGAACUGGAGGAACCUAUGUACUUAGAAUGUGAUCAUCUGGAACUAGAGGCACUAAAGCAAAAAGAACUAGAGGGACAAAAGCAACAAGAAGAACAAAGACAACAUGAAAUGGAGGAACAAAAACAAUGGGAAGAGCAAAGACAAUGUGAAGUGGAGGCACAACAGCAGCUGGAAGAGCAAAGACAACAUGAACUGGAGGCACAAAGGGAAGAGGAAGAGCAAAGAAAAUGUGAACUGAAGGCACAACAACAGGAAAAACAAAGACAAUAUGAACUGAACAUACAAAGACAACAGGAGGAACAAAGCAAAUGUGAACUGGAGGCAGAAAGACAACAGGAAAAACAAAGAUAUCGUGAGCUAAAGGCACAAAAGAAAUGGGAAGAGGAAAGACAACGUGAACUGAAUGCACAACAAGAAGAACAAAGACAACAUGAACUGGAGGCACAAAGGAAACAGGAGAUGGAAAGACAACUUAAAAUAGAAGCACAAAGGAACUGGGAAGUGGAAAGACAACAUGAAAUGGAAGCACAAAGGAAAUGGGAAGAGCACAGAAAACGAGAACAGGAGAUAGAAAGACAACAGGAAGAACAAAGACAACGUAAAAUGGAGGCACAAAGUCAGCAGGAAGAACAGAGGCGACAUGAACUGGAAGUACAAAAGCAAGAGGAAGAGCAAGAUCAACAUGAACCGGAAGCACAAAAGCAAUGGAAAGAACACAGGCAAUGUGAAGUGAAGGCCCAAGGCCAAUACGAAGAGCAAAGACAAAAAGAACAGGAAGAAGAGAGUCCAUCAGAAGCUGAAGAUAAAAAGGAACAGAAGAGACAUGGAGAAAUAAAGGAGAAAAAAACUUACGACAAGUUGUUCCAGCAUGGAUUGAAAAAUAAAAGACAACAAGAAGAGAAGCAGAAAUGGCAAGAAAAACAAAAACAUUGGGAUUCAGAAGAGAAGGGAGAACAAGAGUUGAAAGAAGAAAUACACAAGUCUGAAAAACAUGAUGAACGGAACAAACAAAUAUUUCAGGGGCAAAAAACAGGACAGAAACAAAAAGAACUAGAACAAACUAGAACUCUAGAAGGUGAAGGUGGUUUGCACAGGAAAGGGAGAACCAUGAAGCUGGAGAAACAAAAGAGACCAGAGCAGCAAAAGGAAAACCUGAAGGCAGAGCAAAUGAGCAGUAAUGAUCAAAAGCAGCAAGAACUUGAGAAGCAAGUUAGGUCACCAAAACAUGGAAAAUAUGAAGCAGCAGAAUUCAAACCACCACUGGACAAAAAGAUAGUGCAGCAAGAAGAAUUGACACAAAGGGUAUUGGAACAAAAACUAGUAGAACAGAAAACACUGAAUUUAGAAGUGCUGCAGCCACUGGAAAAGCCAAAAGAACAGGAUAAAUUCUCCCAGUUGCAACUGGCCAAAAAUGUGAAUGUAAACGAGAAACAUUUGGAAACCACAAAGAAAGCACUUUCAUGUAAAGAAGAAACAAGCCAGCAAAAGUCAAACCAGACAGACAAAGGGCAGGAGAAAGAAGAAACUUUAAAGCACUGUGAGAAAAAGAAUGUUGAAGCUCAGGAGCAGGAAAGGAUUCUUGGAGAAGAGCUACGAUGGCAGGAAGUUGAUGCAAGGCAAACUAUGCCCAGGGGAUUUACUUUUCAAGUAUCAUCUGGUGAAAAACAAAUUAUAUUUCAGAAAGUGAAUCUGAGCCCAGUUACUCCUGUUAAAGAAACACCAGCUCCUUCCACCACAAGAGAAUUUAAGACUCCCAAAUGUAUCAAAAGUUCACAUGAUCUCCCAACCUCUUUGUGUGUCCCACAUACUGCGAUUUUGGUCACUGGAGCACAGCUGUGUGGCACUGCAGUAAACCUCAAUCAGAUCAAAGAUACAGCUUGUAAAUCUUUACUUGGCUUAACAGAAGAAAGAAAAACAGCAGAUUUGGCUCCAGCAGACAGUGCUCAGAAACCAUCUCCUGAUGCCAAGCUUUGGAGCAAUAAAAUGAAGCAUGCUCAAGAUCCACAAGGCAACCAAGCCAUAUUAGCUGAGUGGGCUUCAAUUAGGUCAAAAAUCUUAAAAAGUGCAGAAAAUGGUAAACAUAAUGAGAAAGACAAGGGAAGCCUCAGUAGGCAUAGUGAUGAUUGGACACCGAAAGGGCGAAGUGCUUCCCACAGUAAUUUACGGAAGACUUUGUCUGCAAAUGCAAAGUUUUCUAUAACUCCAGCAUGGCAAAAGUUUUCAGAACUCUCAAAGACUAAUACAGACACUGAGAAUAAAGUUGGCCCUGAAGCAGAGAACACAGUAGCAAAAGAACUGGGACCAUCCACUGUCCAUGCAAACAAAGAGGCAGUUCAUACUGAGGGACUGACAAGUGUAGUGAAUGUACCUAGAUUGUCUACAAGUAAAAUUGAAGUGCAUCAUGUGGUGGCAGAUAACACAGAGGGUUGUAAGUUUGCCAAAGACCUUCCAUCUUUUCUUGUUCCAAGUGGCCCGCUAAGUAAAGAAAUACCCCAGUCAGAAACCUCUCCUAAUAUGGAAACUCAGCAGAAUGUUACUACAAGGAAACUGGAGAGAGUUUCACCAAAUGGAGAAGAAAGUGUGUCCCCAUUUGGUGUAAAAUUAAGAAGGACCAACUAUUCUUUGCGUUUUCACUAUGAUCAGCAAGCAGAACAAAAGAAGAAGAAAAGAUACAGUGCAGGAGAUAGUUUUGAUGGUGUUCCAACUCCUCUGGUCACCCCAGAGAGUGAACAAGAUGCAAGUAAACUUUUUUCCAAAGCAAGUAAAUUUCCUAGCCAAGAGGCAAAGGAUGCCAUUGUUAAUUCUGGAAAGACCUCAUCAGCUAACAUUCACCAGAACUACUCUACAGCUACCCCAAUAUCUCUACCAAGUAUCAGUCAUGUGUCUGUACCUAGUCAAGAGAAAACUGUCUGUAAAUCACCACUCCUACAAAAGCCUGCAUUGGCUCCAAAGCCCACCAGCCAAAGCCCACCAUCAUCUCCUCUCUCAAAAAUACGCAGUCCUCCUGUAAUUGAACCAUUAGGGCAAAGAGUGAGUAAAGCUGAACCAGUUACCACUUGGAGGAAAACUGAAGCUAAAGGAAGUACUCUGCUUUCACAAGCACCGGAAGAAAGCAAGAACGAAGAGGAAGAGUCUAGGGAAAAGAAGUCAUUUUUCCCAUCCAUUACCAUGCCAUGGAGAGAGAAAACAGAGAAAAAAACAGAGCCUCUUAAAAAAGAAAGACCAGUGCUUCAGAGCAGGCAUUCCAUAGAUGGCUCCAAAUUGAUGGAAAAAGUUGAAUCUGCACAGCCACUCUGGAUCACAUUAGCACUGCAGAAGCAGAAGGGUUUUCGAGAGCAGCAAGCAACCAGGGAGGAAAGGAGACAAGCUAGGGAGGCAAAGCAGGCUGAGAAACUUGCUAAAGAAAAUGCCAGCAUAAACAGUCAGUCAGAUAAUAAAAUCACCAACAGGACAAAUACACUAGUAAAACCUGCAGCCCCAGAAGAGGAGAAGAAAAUUGAGACUGCUAUGUCAAGGCUUGAACGCAGAGAACACCUGAAAAAAUCGAAUACUCUUCCUACAUCUGUGACAGUGGAGAUUUCAAACUCUGUUCCAUCAUCACCCUUGGCAAAAGAAGUCACAAAGAGAUUCUCUACGCCUGAUGCUAAUCCAGUGUCAACAGAACCUGCCUGGCUGGCCUUAGCCAAGAGGAAAGCAAAAGCCUGGAGUGACUGUCCACAAAUCAUUAAGUAAACAAUGCAGGGGUUGCUUUUACUGUUGUUAAUUGCUUUCUCCUUUUUGUUAGUAUUUUCACAUGACAGAACUAACUGAACAAAAUUAAGCACAUAUCCUGGAGGAUGAAGGACACUUUGAACUGUGUACCAUUUUCUCAUUGCAAAUUUCAUCUACAUAAUAGAAUCUUACCACUGUGAGAAUUUAGGUACUGUGGAAGAGAGGUGUUGGCACAAGUCUGAGGUUUUAUCACUCGCAAAACAGUUGUUAAAUAUGUUUUAGGUUCAGAUUAUUUUAAAAAAUUGUUCCUCCAUUGUCCCUCAAUAUUUGGCUCCAGUGGUUUGGAUUUCUAUUUGUCUUUUUGGAUAUGUUACUGUAAACAAAGCAGAGAUUCCAGCUACUUAAAAAUGCUUUAAAUGAAUAUAAGCUGCAUGUUGCUCCAUUUUUGAAUUUAGAAUGUAAUACCAUUUACUGGAAAAUUUAAAAAUCUACUCAGGUACAGGAUAUUGAAAGACCAAUUUCUGUCUUAGUAGUAAAGGGAACUAUACAGUGAUAAUCUUUUAUUCAUGUUGCAAUUAAUGUAGAGAUGAUGACUUUGAAAUACUUAAGUAUAACUUGUCACUGAUGAAAGUACCAAUGUGUCUGGUCCUGCUGUAAAGAUGUUGCAGGAUAGGAAUUUGUCCUGGUGCUUGGAGCCUUGAGCAGGAAAAUUUGCCUGUAAAUGUUUUCACGAGUUCAGUAUUUUAUUUGUGAUAAACCUUGCUUUUUAUCAGUAGCUUCUAUCAGGAAGUAUCUAAUUAUAUCAGCUUUGUUAACUUGCUAAAACUGGGGCUUGUCAAAUGUGCAUUUCCAUUCUAUCUUUCUAUGUGUGAUUCUUCAUACCAUGAAGAAUGCAUUACUUGCAAAAAUGCAUUACAACAUUUUCCCUAGUACAGUAUGCAGAUACAUGCUACUGCAACGGUAUCUGGUAAAAUGCCAUCUAUGCCUUUUUCUUCUGACAAUGGGGGAACACCAUGCAGAGAGAAAAAUAGCAGCAGUGGAGUAUUAAAACACAUGUGAAGGCAAACCCAGAUCAUUCAUAUUAUACCUAAUUUAAAUAGCAUCCAAAAGCCCACCUAGUUAUGUAACUUUUUCAGUGUCUACAUGUUGGGGAUUCAAAAGAUUAAAGAGUUCAUAACACAAUGAAAGAAAGAAGUAAUUCAGCUGGAUAGUAGCGCCUGUCUCUGUGCCUUACCACAUGACAUUUUAAUUCUUCACUUCUCUUCCCAUGGAAGACAGUCGUAAAAGUGAGCCUUUUGUAGAAUGGAUAUUCCAGCUAGAAAAAAGACUCACUUUUACAAGUCUCUCCUGAGAGAAGAGAAUUGAAGAACUACAACGUCAUGCAGCAAGGCAUAUAGAAAAGUGCUACUAUCCUGCUGAACUUCCACUUUCUUUCUUCACAUGACAAGCUUCUUGUCAGCAACUCAUCUGAGCCCUGUAGCUCGACACUCCUAACACAAGAGUCUACAAUAUAGCAGAUUUAGGGAAAUGGGGAACUAAAAAUUUAUUGAAUCAAAGGGAACUAUAUUUCCUUCUUGUGGACAUCAGACUUCAUAUUUUCAGGAGUCAUAAUAUUUCUGCAUUUAAUUUGCACCUUAGUCUUGAGCUACUGUGCCAGCAUAUCUGCAUGUUAAUGCUGGCAAAAACAUCACUACAGCACUUUUAUUAAUGGCAUGUUUUAAAACAAUAUAGCUAUUGUUAGUUCCUCAGUAAUUACGUACUGAUAUAAAAAGGCUUAGAUCAGACUUCAGAUUCUAGAAAAAGUUAAAACAUUGCACGGAAAAGCAUAAUGUCUUUGCAGUUAAGUACUGCUACCCUUUAAGUCUUUAUUCCUAAAGUGUGGAGGUAGCAGUGACAUGUUUUCAUGGUUACUUCCUAAACUGCUUCCUACGCAAGAAUUCUGGAAAAGGUCAACAAUGCAAUGAAUUCAGAUUGUCCUAGUUAGUCUAAACUGACUUGAAUAACUGGUUUGUGUUAGACUGCAAGUAUCAUAAGAGGCAGAGUUGUAUUUUGCUUUACUAUACACUUAUUGAACAGCACAGCCUCAUAUUAUCAGAUUGCUUUAGCUAUACAGUAGGGGAGAACUCUGUCACUCAUCCAAAAAACAGUAUGAGAACUUUAGUUUUGCUGCAGAGCAUCUAAAAUGGCAUGUCAGCAGAUGCUGUUAAUGAACAGGUAUCAUGCUUCAGGAAAAGAAAACAGUUGUGUUUGUGUGUACCUGCAGAAAGGAUAAUAAAUUCAGUAUUUAUGAAGCUUCAGUGAGGAGGAGUACUCUUAUAGCUGUUGGGCUCUUAAUGUUAAAUUUUAAUUUCAUCUUUAAAUGCAAACUAUUGAUACCCCCAAAGACGCAUCACUUUCAGGCAGGAUUAUUAAAAAUGUAAGGGAAAAGCUGUGCUUAGGAUUUCAUUGGAACUGAUGAAGAGCUGAUAUAUUGCCACUCCAGAUAGUGAGGGCCUUACAACAAGUGUGUAUGCUGGAGCCAUUAAUGUAACUUAUGGCAAUUUAAUGUUCUCUCAUCAUCAACUUUGAGGGGCUUAUAAGAUCCAGGUUGCAAAAUACAAGAACCUUCUGCUCACUUGGAACAAGGUGAAGCAGAAAGAAGGCAGGCCUGUGUGUUUAAUCUUUUGUUUAUCCACUGAUUACUGAAGGGGCAUUCCGUUAUCUUAGAAAUACAUAACAAUUAAUCCAUUGACAUGAGGAGCUACUAAAUGUGGGACAAGUAGUGCACCUAGUAGAGGAUGUAUACAAAGUACAGAUCUGCUCUGACUGGUGCAAAAACCUUCUGGUGGUAUGGGAAAUGUUUUAUUUUAAAAUGUGCACUUACUCAGACCACACUUAAACCUGCAAUUGCACAAACUGUAAUUAUAACUUUCAAUUUCUUCAGAGCCAUUUCUGAAAUUGGUCUGGAAUGGGAGAGUAGGGUUGGGGGAAGGUGGGGAGGUUAACUCUGGAGGUAGGCAGGGAAAAAGCAAAGUGGAAGAAAUUUAGGGAGGGGGGGAGUAGAUGCUAUUUGCAUGAUAAAAGAAGGGCCUACCAAAAUGAUUCUAGACACACUGUUAGCACAGAGUAUAUAGUUAGUAAAUAGUUCUAAAGCUUCAAAAGCAAAGUGUAUUCAAGCAUGAAGGUAUCUAGUGUACUGAAAAUUGUAUUCCAAGGCCCUGAUCGGAAGGGUGUGCAUCCCCUGCUGAUAAAGCAGUGUUUCCCCAUUUCAUUCAUUGCCAGGCUUACCAUCAGCAUUGAUAGUCGUAAUCACCUCUUAGGCAGCAAGGGCCACUUGGAAGAAUAUUUUUUCUCUUAAUUCUGUCUAACAGGUGAUCAGUGCAUCCAAGCUAAUAGUAUUAGUUACACUACAUGCUGUUCUGCAUAUGCAGGUGUACCCCAGAUGCUGGAUGUAAGAACCUGUGCAACACACUUUUGUAUGGAUAAGGGGAAAGCCAUUUCCAUUUUAGUGUCCUAAUUAGAGCGGGAAUAUGUACAAUAUUUGUAACGGAACAUUUCUACAAUAUUUUCAAUAUUUGACAUUUCAUGUAAGAUCAACUCAAAAAUUUGCACUAAAUACCAACGAAGUGUUACUUUGCUUAACCUUUUUUUGUUUUGUUUCACAGCCUUUCCUACUAAACACAUUAUUGAAACUCUGUAAAAUGAAAUCCAGCAAGGAAUAACUUUCAACAACAUUAAUCCAACCACUAUGUAUAAUAUGGUCUCUCUCACUCUCUUUUUUUAGUAACUUGUAUACAGAUGUCCUGAUCCAGAGGAAGUAAUCAUACCCAAAUCCUGUCGAAAUCAUUGGGGUUUAAAUUAGUCAUAAUGACAUUAUCCUACAGAUUAACAGGUGUUGGGAAUAAUUAACAUUUUCUAGACUGGGGACAAAAUAUUAUUUGAGGUUAAAGAUUAACCUCUGUUCAUAUAGUGGUGUAUAAAAUUAUAAACAAAUGUAUAAUUGUGAGGUUUUGUUUUGUGUACUUUUUUAAUUUUUCAAAUGUUUUAAAGUGCAAUUGUUUCUUAUACUAAUGUCAUUUUAAUUCCUUUUAAAUUAUAAUCUGCUGAAAAUUAUCAGAAGGUGUAUGUAUUCAUUGUCUUUUUGUUAAAACAUCGGGUUUGCCUUAUAUGGAGAGCCUGAAAUUGCUGUAGGAUCUAAUUAUGUGUUUUUACAAACAAUAAAAUCUGAGUAAAACUAUGA